ACGGUGUGUGUCUUACAUCUGUGCGGUUUCCGGUUUUUUCGGCCACGUGCAUUUCGUCGAUUCGGCAACGUGCUCUAUUACCCAAUUUGCAAAUUUAUGCACCUGUGAUUGGUCGCCUGGCGAGGGCUCGACGACGACGGCUCUCUCCUGCCGUUUAAAAAUAAAUUAAUGAUUCGUCUCUCUGUGUGCACGGAGAGAGACGGAGCGCGCUGAGUUAAAUUGAAUCGGCCAGUGCACUCUCUAGAAUAGGAGCCGGACCGAAGUGUCGGCGACUGUGUGAAGUGUGUCUGACGAUUUAUCGCGUGUCACGUUUUAGAAUAUUAUGGAAUGCAUAUAUAACGCGCGCGAACUGAAAUAGCGAGAUAAAGUCCAAAGUGUUUCCUCAUCGUUAUUUAAAACAAGUAUAUCUUCGCCGCGUAUUCGCUCGUACGUUUGUUCGUUCGAGCCGCGAGAUUGAUGACGAACCGGUCUGACAACACAUCACAUGGGAGCGCGAUUCGUCCAAGUGCGUCGUGAAAUCGAUCACUAUUCUACGCGUGUAACCUCAACAACAAACUCCGACAAGUUUUAAGUGCGAGUCAAGAGAAGAACGAACGACGAACAUAACCUCCGACAACCUUCAAGGCUUAAUGUGUGUGCCUCGCGUUAUUACGUAUACCUAUGUAUGUACGUAACGAGCUUUUUUUUUUACUCCGAUCUGUUUGGACUCUACGCUUCGUGCCGCGAUCACACGUUCUCGCAAAAUCGAAGGGGACCAAUAAAGAUGCGUAUCGUCGGCGGGUGAGAUCAUUUGCGAUCUAGGAAAUUUUAAUGCGCCAUAGAACGCACGUCAGAUCGAUAUUUGGUCAGAGACAGAUCGUCAUCGUCAACCUUCGGUUCUUUUUUUCGGAUCAGCACAUCGAGAAGAAUAUUGAUGAUGUAGUUGUCGGUGUAUAUUGCGAGUGAAAUACAGUGUCGUACGUCACGUAUUAUUGACGAUAUGAGCGCUAUUGGAUGUUGCUAGGUCAUUUGCGAAUAUGGUUAUCCAUAAUCAAAGGAUGUCGCGCAGAAGGCAAAGGUAAACGAAAUGUCUCGCAGCUUGCCGGACAGAGUGGCUGGGCUCUAUUAUGCCCACGGCCUAUUCUGUUCCUCACAUCCAGUUAUUGUAACCUCCCUAGCAAUUGCAGUUUUGCUAGUAUGUUGCUGUCCGCUUGUUAACUUACCUAUGCCUGGAAAUACUCCAAAAACUACAAUAAACAACACUAUUCUACCUGUAAAUGGCACAGAAACUUCAGUAUUGUAUGUACAACAAGUGGUACUAAGAAGUGGAGUAAUGCCAUGGAUGGAGGAUCUGUCAUUGAUGGAUGCCUUCAGGGGGCCUUUAUAUGAAGUGUUCAAUCUCUUGGAAAUUAUACAGAACUAUCAACAUCCAGAAACAUCAAAAACACUUGGUCAAGUAUGUUUGCAUAUAGAAGCAGUGAAAAAAAGAAAUGGCAAGAAACCAGAGAUUUUGCCGGAAUAUAAUUGUCUGGUUCUAUCACCGGCAAAUCUGUGGCAACAAAGCAUGGAAUUGUUUGCUCAAGAUACAAAUCUGAUAAAUACAAUAUUUUCGUAUCAGAACCUACAAAGGAGUAAAAUAAGUCUUGCGGAAGUGAUGUUUGGUAUGAGUUUAAAGGAAACUGGAGUAAAGAGAUAUCCCAUUCGUGUUCGUCAAAGAGUUCUGCAAUAUGCCGUAACCAUUUUCUUGAAGGAAUAUGAUCGGAAAUUUAUAAAAGGACUUCAACAUCGAUUAAGGACCUAUUAUCAUCUGCAUCAAAAUAUUGACAAUACUACAGACCUAGAAGAACAAGACGAAAUGCUAAAUGUGUUUUAUCCCGGUGAAUUCAAUUACAGUGAAUUCUUUCCCCUUAUGAUGACGUUUUUGGCCUUAUUUUUUUAUGAAUACUUUCAAGUGCGAAAAAUAGAGUUAGUCAAAUCUAAACUCGGCAUUGCAUUUAGUGCUACUGUGACGGUGAUGGGUUCGCUAUCUAUGACCGUUGGUAUAUGUUUUUUCUUCGGUUUAACUCUUAGUAUGAAUGCCAAAGAAGUGUUUCCGUAUUUAGUGAUUGUUUUCGGCCUCGAGAACGUUCAAGUUUUGACCAAGAGUGUUGUCAGCACACCCGCGCAAUUAGAUGUGAAAAUACGCGUCGCACAAGCCUUAUCGAAAGAGGGAUGGUCCAUAACAAAAAAUCUGCUUAUGCAAGUAACGAUUUUAACCAUAGGUUUAUUCACUUUUGUCCCCGCCAUUCAAGAAUUUUGUAUAUUCGCCAUUGUUGGCUUGCUGAGUGACUUCUUUCUGCAAAUGGUAUUUUUCUCGACAAUUCUGGCGAUCGACAUCAGACGAACGGAACUGUCCAGCGAAAAUUCGAAGUUCCACUUGUCGCACAUUCCCACAUCACGCAGACAACAAUUCACCACUACCAUUACCAACAGAAAACCGCAAAUAUUCCGUUCUAAGUCCCAUCCGCGAUUGAACGGUUUGUCAGCCGGUCCGACGAACGUUAUCGCUCCGAAUACGCAAAAUACUCAUACGCUGGAAAAAAUCCCCAAACGUUUGAGAUUGGUAUAUUUAUGGGCGCAAACACGGAUCUUUCAACGUGCAUUUAUGAUAUUUAUGCUCUUAUGGAUCAGCAUGACCAUCAACAAUUCCGGCAUUAUCGAGCAUGUUAUACAUCUCAGCGAAACACUAAAAUCGGAAGCUGAUAUUGAUGGAUACACAAUAGAGAAACCUCAAUCGAUGAGCAACUAUGUCGAAUUGAAUACGGUCACACCUAUAUCCGUGACACCCGCAACUCUGGCUCCAGACAAUUCGAAUGACCAAGAUCUAUCUAAUAAUACUACGGAUGAAUUGAAUAAAUUAAGAUCCGUGAAUUUUCCACCUUGGAAUAGCUUGUCGCUGUAUCAUUGGUCUUCGAUUCUCUCGAUGUACAACGUGUCGAUUGCUGGUGGACGGGUGACUAUACUUCCGACAAUAAAACUAUCAUAUGCUGUGAGUCCGCAGUUAGCAAAACGAAUCAGCAAUCCGAAUGAUGUUCAACAUUUCCAGUGGCAUAGUCUCGCUACCGCUGCGCUCGAUCCCUUAGAUUUCUCAGAUAUGGAAGUGCCGUCUAGAUCAGAAGGACGCGUGUUUAAUACAAACGCGCCUUUUGUACCGUCUAGUCCAAUGGAGAUAUUUUUGGCUACUGUGCUGUGUCUUAUUAGUGUGAUAGUAGUUGCUUACACAAUGGUUGUGCUCUACCGUUGUAUCUGCUCUAGGAAUUACGCGGAGUGGCGAGCCAGCUGGUAUCAAAAAGAGAAAACGCACGAUUCUGUUACUCAGUUAAUGCUCGAAGCAGUGCCUUUAGUUUUGGAAGGUCACACGCAAGACGUAGAAUGUAUCGCGACGGAUGGUAACACCAUUGCCAGCACGUGUCUAGCGGGACACAUCAGAAUCUGGGACUCGACGUCCGGUGAACAGUUGGCGCAUAUCGACAGGCGGCAAUUUUUCAGCGGUCCGCAGAAACAUUUGAGCCAAACGUCACCGGAUGCGGACGAGCUGAUGUCGGACUACGAGAGCGGCUCGCCACCUUCCAGAGGAGAAAUGGAAGCGGCACAAUCGUUGGGAUUUUACUCGCCAACCUCGGUGGCAUAUCAGGGAAAAUCGUCGUCCUCUGUCUACAAUGUGCAGAGAAUCAAUACUAACAACAACAACAAUAACCAUAAAAAACGUAUUUCUAUAGGAAAUACUUUGGAUUAUGAUUAUCAAAUCCAUGAAUUCGGCGGCGACAAUAAGCAAAAGUUAUUACGUCGAAGUUUAGGCAAUGCUUAUGAUCUUCCCGACCUGAAACCGGCGAUUAACAUUAAAUUCUCGUCUUUGAAGUAUACGCCUUCGCAAACGAAUUACGAUCAAGGUUUCGAUUUUGGGGAACGUUACAGAACUUUAUUAAGAGAACAUAAUAAAUCGAUCGAGGAAAUGCAGAAGUGCGAAAUCAGAGAACAUUUAAGUGUUCCUCCUGGAAAACUAAACAAAUUAGGCGGUAGUGUGUCCUCUAUAAAUACGGAUCGUACGGUACAAACGUCGCAUGGUAUAUCGGCGAUUUGGUGUAUGGAUUACCAGGAAAAUCUUGUGGUAGUAGGAUGCGCUAACGGUAGUCUAGAAUUCUGGGAGGGUACUACGAGUAGAUUUAAGUGUCUGUUUGAUGAUGGAUCGGGACUUGGAAUUUCUGCUAUCAGACUCAUUGGUAGUAGAGUAGUUGCAGCUAAAUUAAACGGAACUAUAGACUUUUUGCAACUAGAAAGUUACAGCGAAGGUCAGCAGAUUGAUUGGGGCUUUACUUCCUAUAGAAGAACACAUGUACGAACGGGAAGUGCUGGUUCGCCUAUGGACCUAAAUAACAGUACGCAGUCGGAAGAAGAUUUGCGCUGCAUGAAAAUCGGUUCUCACAGAGCACAUCAGCAAGCGAUUACCGUUUUAGAUAGCGAAGGUGGUCGUGUGUUAACCGGCAGCCAAGAUCAUACUUUGAAAGUAUAUAGGUUAGAGGAUCAGUUGCCUUUAUAUACACUUCAUGGACAUUGCGGUCCAAUAUCGUGCCUGUUCAUUGAUAGAAUAAGUCCGAUGACAUCCGGAAGUGGGUCUCAAGACGGACUACUGUGUGUGUGGGAUCUUUUGACGGGAACAUGUAUGUAUAGUAUUCAGGCCCAUGAUGGUGCUGUGGCUGCUAUCACUUGUUCGGUGUCUUAUGUGAUAAGUAUUGGCACAGAUGAAAGAUUGUGCGUCUGGGAACGUUUUCAGGGACACAUAUUACACACUUUGCCAGCGCAUAAAAUAGCUUACAGUUUACAACUAGUGAUGCUGACUCAUCACCUUCUCAUAACUAGCAAUCAGGGAUCAUUAGUAGUUUGGGACGUAAGAACAGGUGAAGCUGUGCGAGAAGUAAGAUUGGGACAUAAAGACAGUUGCAUUUUUAUAAAACAGAUGUUGGCGUUAAGAGACAGUGUCGUUUGCGACUACGGUCGGCAGUUGAGAAUCAUUAGAUUCCCAUUGGUCUCCGAUAAACUGGAUUAAGUUUUAUAUGUAUUCGCGUAUAUGUAUAUAGUCAUUUUUCUUUAUUUCAUCGUUCAAACCAACGUGGCUUAGUUGUCUGUAGUCUUUUUAGAAGCUAUAAAUUUUUAUACAUAUAUAUCGCGUGCACGCAUCUAAAAAAUGAUAGAUAUUUUCGAGCGAGAUAUUCUUUCACCACACUGAUUAUUUCACAUUUUCGUACAGUUGUAACAUAGUUCUUUACAGGAAUAUAUUUUUUAUCUGACGAAAAUAUAUAUUAAAUUACAAACAUAUUCUUCGAGAUUUGUGUUUUAUUACG